AUGAGUAGUUUUUAUGACUUUACUAAUUUUCGACGUUCGACAGACAAUAUUAAUGGAGGAAUAGAAAGACAACAAAACAGACAAAAACCUCUGAAGCUGUGGCGUUCAAGUUCUUUGGUAAAUAUUGUUGGCAAUUCAAAUAAAAAGAGUCCUGUUUAUGAAUCGAGUCCGAUUACAGAGCGAUUCAGAAAAUAUGGCAGCACUGAGAGUUUGAACACACUUGACGGUUUUAAGAAUAGAAAGCAAAUUUGGAGGCUAAAGGAGUUUGAAAGCGCCAAUUGGGAUACAAUAGUCACUAUAGUACUCGUAGCUGCCAAAGGUCUUCCUCUGCCGCCGAAUGAUGGUGCAGGACACGAACUAUAUUGCAAAUUUAGAUUGGGGCCAGAAACGUUUAAAUCUAAGUCCGUUAUACAUUCUCGACAACCGGAAUGGCGGGAGCGAUUCAAUUUGCACCUGUACAAGGAUAAUUUAUUAAAGUUGUCAUUAUGGGAUAAAGGACGACAGAAAAAUUUUAUGGGCAGUUGCGUUUUAGAUUUAUCUACCAUAGAAAAGGAGCGUACUCAUGAAAUUUGGCAGCAGUUGGACGAUGGUUACGGUUUCAUACAUUUGUCUUUGACAAUGUGCGUUGUACGCUAUGUGCCAGCACAGCAUAGAGAAACUAUCAAGACUGACGAUCUGCAGCAUAAAGACCAAAAUACCCUUGAUUUAAAAAGUGAUUGGAAAUUGGUGGGUUCUUUGCAUGUGAAAGUUAUCAAAGCAAAAGGGCUAAGUGGGAAGUCGAGCGCUUAUUGUAAGUUGGAACUAAAUAAUGAAAGACUGCGGACUCAUAGAACGAGCUCUAGUUUUGAGCCGAUGUGGAAUAAGAGUUACGUGCUUGAUGUCUACGAUGUUACGUCAGAACUUAAAAUAACAGUGCUCGGUAGUUCAUUACGGAACGCGCUUUUAAAUGAAUUUCUCGGACAAGUUUCCAUUCCUUUGUUGAGGAUAAAUAAUGGAGAGGCACGUUGGUACGCACUAAAAGGUCGAAAUAAGCGAAAUGCUGCUAGAGGAAAUUGUCCAAGAAUAUUAUUACAAAUGAAUAUUAACUGGAACCCCAUAAAAGCAACACUUCGACUCUUUCGACCAAAGGAAGUAAAACAUAUACAAAAACCUUACAAAAUGGAUAUAUCGAUUCUUCUAAAAAAUCUCGUGACUUUCUCAGAUUGGUACAAUAAACUCUUAAGUGUGAACGAAAAAUUUAAAUCACUAUUUGAAUGGGAUAAUCGGGAGCUGUCAGCUCUUGCAUUGUUGGUUUGGUUAAUAUUCUGCUACCACCUUAAGCCCUGGGCAGUGCCAUUAAUUCUCUUAUUACCAUUCUUGUUCUUUUGGAGUUAUACAUGGAUCCAAGGAGACAGCUUCGAUAACGACACAGAGAACAAUGAAGGAACACAUGACAGUCGAAAGGAUAACAAGGGACUAGGAGAUAAAAUAAAUAAUAUGCAAGAUGUAACAACAACAGUUUCCUUCGCAUUAGAUAUCGGAGUGUCAGUGGUUGAAAGGAUUAUCAACCUAAUUACAUUCAAGGUGCCAUUUUUAAGUUACGUGGCUAUGUCAUUACUGGUCAUAGUUUCCGUAAUGUUAUAUUUUAUGCCGUUCAAUUAUUUAUUGAUGCUAUUCGGCAUUUACAAAUUUAUGAGGAAAUAUUUAAACCCAGAUAGAAUGUUAAACAAUGAUUUAAUAGAUUUCAUCUCAAGGAUACCGGAUAACAAACUAUUGAAAGAUUGGAAGGAACUCAACGUUCCCGAACCGACUCCGUAA